CUCAGAGGAAGUACCCUCUUAGCUCCGCCCCUCCGGGCUGUACUGUUGUUAGGUGAUUUACCUCUGCGCCAUCUUGCGUGCGUGCUGUGGCGUCGGUGCCGUCUGUGGCGUCGUUGCUAUGUAGAUCAUAGGAAUUUCAAAGCAGCAAGAGAAUGUAAAGCUUACCCAGUACACCUCCUGACACCACUGGGGCUUAGAAAAGAAAAGUGUGAGCCCUCAGUUCACCUCGAGGUAGAAGAACCUCAACUAGGGCCCAGCAUUCAUGACUCCAAUUCAAACUGGAAUCUGCAUCUUGAAUUUUCUGAGGAGAACAUCUGGGCUUCAGGGUUCUUACCAGAGGUACCUUCUAUGCUGGUUGUUGUCUAUCAAGAGGUGCUCUUAAAAGUAGGAAAGAAGUGUCUUCAGGAAAGGGCUGGUUUCUACUCUUUUAACAUCGUGUCUGGAGUUUACUUCCUGAGAGUAACAUUUGUCAUUUGAGGACAUCAACUCACAAGUUGUCCAUUCUGUUACUUCUCCCUCCUCACCUAACAAACAACUCACUACUGUGAUCUGCCUUUUAAUUUGUUCAGGUCUCUUUGCAAGGAAAUAGCUGCAAUCAACGGUAGUCCUGUUACACCUUCAUCAUGUUUCUCUUGACCAGAAAUGCACUAAAUAGGUUCAAGAUUCGAAGCAUUCAACAAAUUAGGUCAAGACAGAGCCACGAAAAUCAUUCAGAAGAUUUCCAUGACAAAUACGGUAACACUGUACUAGCCAGUGGGACCGCUUUCUGUGUUUUUGCAUGGGUGUUUAUAGCCACACAGAUCGGAAUAGAAUGGAACCUAUCUCCUGUCGGCAGAGUCACUCCAAAAGAGUGGAAUGAUGAGGAACCAUCAAAGUUACUGUAAUACAAAAUUGUUUCAAAAUCAGCUUGUCAUUUAAGCACUCUGCUGCUCAUUAAAAUAUAGCAUAGUUGAAGAAAUAAAAUACAUUUGAAACCUUUAGAAAGUUGUUUGGUUAAGCAACUGCCUUUGUCUCAAGUCAUGAUCCCAGAGUCCUGGGAUCGAGUCCCAA